GAUGACGUCGGUGUUGCUGUGCGUGGGUCUUAAUCCGUUUGAGACAGGAAUCGUGUCGCUUUAGUUAUUUCUAUUAAGAUUGUGUGUUGAAGUGUAUAAUUAUAAAAUAAUUUUUAUUUAAAUUAUUAUUUUAAACUAUCCUCGAAAACACGCCGUUAAAAGCAGGAUAAAUAAGCUUUCUGAAAAAAUGCGGAUAAAUGAAGACAUUUUACUGGAAGGCAGUAAGGUUGUGUUGGUUCCCUACAACACUGAACAUGUUCCCAGAUAUCACCAGUGGAUGACGUCCGAGGAGCUGCAGAAACUCACAGCGUCUGAACCUUUAACCCUGGAGCAGGAAUACGACAUGCAGAGAAGCUGGAGAGAAGAUGAGGAUAAGUGCACAUUCAUCGUAUUGGACAAACAGCGAUGGACAGAUCCAACAAUCUCAGAGGAAGAGUGCAUGGUGGGAGACGUCAACCUCUUCCUGACUGACCCCAGUGACCCAUCACUGGCCGAGAUGGAGAUCAUGAUUGCAGAGCCCAGCUACCGAGGCAGAGGUUAUGGCAAAGAGGUGACACGCAUGAUGAUGCAGUACGGCAUCAACAAACUCGGCAUCAAGAAAUUCGAAGUGAAGAUCGGUUUGGAAAACCGGAUCAGCGUAGAUAUGUUCAAGAAGCUCCAGUUUCAAGAGCUCUCCAUCAGCGAGGUGUUUCAGGAAGUCACUCUCGGCCUGACGGUGAGCGAGGCAUCAUGGGAAAAGCUGCUGGGCAGCACCGAUAUCGAGGAGAGAGAGUACGGGAAAACACGGGACUCUAGGCACAGAGCUGAACAUGCCACGACCACCGGAGCUGACGGGAACUGAGAUGAGACGCGGUUUUAAUAAGAUCCGAAGAGAAAAUACGAGAAACGGUUCAUAAAUGGGCGCCAGUGGAUUAUCUAAACAUUGUUUAAGUUGCUGCUGAAAGCAUCAUGUUGCACUUUUAACAUAGCCUAUGUGUUUUUUUUCUGGCAUUUUUUCCUGGCUCAUUUAGCUCAAAAUGAACUUAUUGACUGAAUUUGUUCCUUAUAAUUACGUGUUUUAAUAUUUCGCUAUUAUCUGCCUUUAAGAAGAAAGUUUUUAACAUUGACACAGAUUUCAAGGGAGAUCUUGGAUGUAUUGCUAAUGACUUUCAAAAAGUGUUAGUCUGAUCAUUUUUUUCAUCAUGUGUAAAAUGACCGGUUUGUGUAAAAUAUGAAACAGAAACCUUCUCUUUA